CCUCCGCGUGGAGGACCUCCCGGAGACAGACAGGCAGGAGGCUGUGCCACAGGACCUGCUGGCCGUGCGGCUGCACCUGGACAACAGCACCACACUCCCCUCUGCGGCCGCCGUCCAACUCCACUGGCUGGGGGGGGGACUGCUGGGAUGUGACGGGGUGAAGGGGGAACAGACAGGGCUGGAGCCACCCAGCGUCCCCGUUCCCCCGGCUCUGUGCUGCUAUGCCUCUUCCCUUUGCCUCCAGGUGCUGACGCCAGCACCAGCGCCGGAGGGCUACACGGUGCUGUACCGCUGCCUGCUCCCUGCCAGCACCACCUGGGCCCAGCACGAUGUGGGCAGGGAGCUCAGCGCCAUCAUCCCUGCGCUCAAGAGGGGCUACAAGUAUGAGUUCAAGGUCCGGCCUUACGCCAGAGGAGCCCAGGGCUUGGACAGCAACACCAGGCACCUCUGGAUCCCUGAGGAAGCGCCGAGUGCAGCACCCCAACAUGUCACCGUGGGACAGGCUGAGAUGGGGAACGGCACUGUGGUUGUGAGCUGGGAGCCGCCUCCUCCCGACGCCCACAAUGGCAUCAUCCGUGGCUACAAGGUUUGGUCCCUGGGCAACGGCUCUCACCACCACACCAACAGGACAGUAGACGGAGGCACCCACCGCCUGGAGACCUUCCUCCUGGGCCCCGGGGCCACAUACUGCAUCCAGGUGGCAGCUUUCAAUGGCGCGGGGCUGGGGGUCCCCAGCAAUGCCACUUGUGGCAUCCUGGAGCCACUCCUGGAGGUGAUGGCACGGGGCCCGGAGGCACUGCCCUUGGCCGCCAUCAUCGCCGGUGCUGGUGCCCUGCUCUGGGUGACCCUCCUGGCCUUCCUGGUCUACCUGUGCCAGCGCCGCGCCGGCAGCCCCCACGGCAAAGGUCUGUGCCACUGCACCAGUGAGGACACGGUGGCCCGGCAGAGGCUGGACGCCGGCGACUCUCCCUGGCUCUCAGAUACCUGGAAAUCCACCUCGGGCUCCAAAACCCUCGGCAGCAGCAGCAGCCUCAGAAGCCACCUCCUCUGGAGUGACACCCGUGCGGGCCCCCAGGCCUGA